CUGUGCGGCGGGACUUCUCCAGGCAUUUGCUCCUAAUUCUGGAGGUCUCACGGGGACAUGGCUCGUAACUCCUGCUCCUGCGCCAGGCGAGUCAUUUUCCUACCUGGCGCGGCGCAGCCCAGCGGCCUCGGGCGGGCGGGCGGGCGGCCGCCCAGCGAAAGAGAAAGGGAAACGGCGUGCGCCUCCCACCGCCUUCGAGCCCUCCCUCCUUCCCCUCCCCGCCAGGCCGCCGCGGCCGGUCCCAGGGCGGGACGGGCGCGCAGGCGCUGCUCCCCGGCCGAGCCCUGCUGCGCCACGGCCCGCAGCGCCGCUCCGGGGCGGGAGCCGCCGGCAGCGCCCGAGCCGCCCUGCCAGCCCGGGCACCGGGGGCCACGGGGGCGAGGCGAGGCGGCGGGCAGGCGGGAGGGCGGCGGAGCGGAGGCGCCGCCGGCCACAGGUAAGCGCCGGAGCGGCCGCAGCGCGGCCCGCGGCCCCAGCCCGCUCCCGGCGGCACGUCGCUCGCCCCGCUUCGGCCCCUCCACCGUUUCUUAAAAAUAACUUCAGCCUCUGCCCGUGGAAGGGUGAAACUUAAACCCAUUUUUCCAUCCCUCGAGAGCAAAUACUAAACCACUGGGCUAAGUUAGGCCCAAAUCCUGUAAACAGUUAUACAUGUGCUUCCCUCUAACCGGGACCUACUAGCCAGAGAACGAUUAAGCACGAGUGAAAGCUGCCUCCGUGGUUCAACGCAUCUGCUUUUUGCUCUCCUGUUCGCGGAAAUGCACCAUAUUACCGGGAAAUUCUCCAUAAAACUAAAGCUGCUUUAACGGUAUUUUUCAACGGCAGUAUUUCUAGCAAAUUUCUUCUACGCUCCCUGUAACAAUAAUCACAAAAUUAGAAGGAGGCAUUUCCUGUAUUAGCUGCAAUACCAUCACAUUACCUGUGACUGUGCUAGGUCUUUGCUUUUCCAUUCUGCAUUUGAAAUAAAUAAUCAUUUUGUGUUGGCCCUCCAAGGCAACAUCCUUUCAUCCUUGGGUAUGUGCUGCAACAGCAGAAGGCUUUAAUAGCGUAUGCCUGCUCCUGCCGUCCAUUCGUACUUCUGGAAUAUUUACCCUCCAGUACAUCUCCAUUUACAUCAAUUCAGUUGCCAGGCUGAGUCAGGUGCGUUAAAAACUGUUACAAUUAAAGUUACAGUGCAGUGGUGAAUGCAUGAUAAACCUGACAUAGAGUAAUUCAACAGAAUGUGCAUAAUUUUUCCUGAUAACAUGUUCAUCUUGCAUGAGAUUAUUUCUCCGCAACGUGAACAAAAGUUUAUAAAGCUAAAAAUCUUUCGAAGCAGCAUGUGGUAUAGUUUAACAAAAAGUUGUGUUUUGAUGGUUUUGGCCUUCUACUGUUAACCAUUGUUUGCAUUAUUAUACCAUAAAGCACUCGCUGCCGAGU